AUGGCGGGCGUGCAAAUCGCCUACCGCUUCACGUUCAUUGACCUGGAGGAUGGCAAGGCGGAUGGUGCAGGUCGUACCCAGGCCCGGAGCCUUUCCCGGCUCCGGACAUCUGCAAACUCGGACACUCUUGUCGUGGAUACAUGGGCGCAACGCCAUCUUCGCACUCUCCGACAGGGGCAGGAUGCAAGAGUUUUCGAUGCACUUGCACCAAACCGGGGCAGUGUGGGCCACCCAAUGUUGUGUAGCCGCCCAUGCAUCUACUUUGCAAAGCAAGGGCAGUGCCCUCGUGGUGACGCCUGUGGCUUCUGCCACCAUCACCACUCGGCGACACCUAAGCCUGACAAGCAUCAGCGUGAGCUGAUGAGCAUGAUGCCGAGGGCGCAGCUUGUGUCCCUGCUAGCAGAGCUACUUCGAGAGCGUGCCGACCAAGAGGGACUCCAGGGUGCCGGCUUCGUUGUGGCUGUGGUGGCGGUCCACGCAGGACUGCCAUGUGCCUUACAGGCUCUCUCGAAGCGAGAGCUUCGAAAGCUUCACCAGCUUCGCCAGGUUGUUGGGGCCAUGAACUUCUCCACGAUGCUGUCGCUGGCUGCACGCUACUGUGAGGGGCGUAGCAGGGCUGUCAUAUUGCAGGAGCUCAGAGCCCUGCGGAACAGCGCGCAGUGA